AUGGCGCCUCCCAAGUGGACAACAAAAGAACAAGAGGAAUGGCUCCAACCGUGGUAUGAAAAGUACUCAGGAAAGCAGGGUGAGAAGUGCAGGAACUUCAACAACUUUUUUGCGGACCUGAAUGAACAAUGGUUUGACGUAUUCCCGGAGCCUCGCCCCAACAACUGUACAACAGUUGGACCGUUGACAAAAGAAGAAUGGGAUGAGGCAAUUGACGCACACAAAAAUGCGAAGGCGAAGGCGAAGGCUACCGAUGCCUUUGAUGCUGUGGUUCGAAGGACAACAGAGUGUGAAAAGCCGACUCGCACACUUCAAGAACAUGAGGCUUACUCUAAACUCUACUAUGCCGACCGCAUCCAACAGUCAGUUCGAGAAACGCUGAAAUUGGCAGAAGAGCAACAGCCACUCACCAACGGCCGGCGUGUAGCCCUUCUAAAAAAGGAGACAGCUACUCUCUAUGCAGGCGAGUCUGAGGAGGUUAAGAGUAAAGUCAAAGAGUACAUCAUGGCUCAGAAGAACCAGCGCAUGCAAAACCAACCGGAGACUUGGAGUGUUGAAGAUCAAAAGCAGAACCUUACAAAGUUGGCUGCAGUUGCGAACCAGUUCCUUAAAGGCCUUGCAGACACCACUGGCCUGGUGUUUAGCCUUCUGGUGGGCGGCCCCUCGGCAGAGUUGGGAGGCCUGAUUGAUGCGUGGAGGUGA